CUCCACCCCACUUGCCUAUUGCCUAGCCUUUGAGAGACUUCCGUUUGUUAGCGAGAGUCUAGAAAUCCCAUACUACUAAGCCAUGGCUCGCUCUGGUGCCCUCCUUGCCUUGGCAGCGGUGCUGGCCGUGCUGCUGGUGUCGGCGCCGCACGCGGCGAACGCCAUCACCUGUGGUCAGGUGGCGUCGUCCGUGUCGGGAUGCAUCUCCUACGUCCGCAGCGGGGGUUCGAUCCCCGCGAGCUGCUGCAGUGGAGUGAGGAGUCUCGCCGGGUCCGCAAAGACCACCGCCGACCGCCGGACAGUGUGCAACUGCCUCAAGAGCACGGCCGCCAGGAUUUCCGGCAUCAAGCCUGCCCUUGCUGCCGGCCUCCCUAGCAAGUGUGGCGUCAGAAUCCCCUUCACCAUCAGCCCCUCCACCGACUGCUCUAAGGUGACUUGAGUUCUUCUUUGGAAGACCAUCUCCCACGUAGCUACUAGAGUAUAUGCUACAUAGUUGAUCGUUGAGACUUGAGAAUAAGGUGGUAGCUGUUCCACAUCGUGGUUUGUGUGUGGGAGCUGUCUGCCAGCAUGAGCUCUUGUGUUUUAGUAUAUAUGUUUCAUGUUAUGAAUAUUCUGAGUGCCCGUAUGUAUUUGUGGUGAUAGGGUUCGUUUUGUAGCACUCACGCAUGAUAUAUGAAUAUCAGCUACUUGUUUCUA